UCACCUAUCAGCAACUGGCAAGCAUGUUUAUUUUUACUUGGACGGAAGUCGUCAUAUCAAUAUUCUAGUAUACUCAUUGACAUUAAACAAAACGAAAACUUAGCUGUAUAUAUUGGCAGCGGCAAGAGCUCAAUCUCGCUCAAGCAAUAUGGCUACAUCCAGGAAAGAAUAUUCGAAAGGAGUCCAAGAUGCAUUUGAUUUGUUUGACAAAAACGGUGAUGGAACAAUAUCAGUAAAAGAGUUACGAGAAGCGAUGCAGCAAGCUGGCCACAAUGCGGCGGAAGAAAUGGUUGAAAAAAUGUUGAAAUCUCACGACAAGGAUGAAAAUGGCGUACUGACAAUAGAUGAAUUCGAGAAAUUUCUUAGAAAAGAUAAUCAGGAAAACCAUGCAGAGCUAAAAGAAGCCUUUGAACUUUUCGACACCAACGGAAAUGGUUACAUCUCAAAGGAAGAGUUAGUCCAAGCAAUGAAAAGGCUGGGGGAGGAUCUUAGCAAUGAAGAAUUAGAAAGUAUGAUAAGAAACGCUGAUAUUAAUAAAGAUGGACAAGUUAGUUUUGAAGAAUUCAAAAGAAUGAUGGCCCCAAAAUAAGAGAAAUGCAACGAUGUCAACAGACAGACACAAUGAACUGAGGAUGUAAAUUUAUGAUUUAUGAUGCACCGAUUUAUAAUGGAGAGAAUGAAGACAUGACUAAAUUUUAAUCCAGGCUAGCAAUAAACCUCGUUAAUAAUGCAAUACUGCCAAGGUUAGACCUAUUCGAAGCGGUAGUUUAUAUGCGAAAACAAGGCGAGCCUUAUUUUCGGAUUUCCUCCCAUGCACCAACAUUUCAAAUGGUUUCUUUAAAUUUUUACUAUUAAAUAUCUUUGAUUC